AUGCCAGGUAACGCCCAGUCGCUGUACUUUCAAGCCCAGGUCCACGCCCGCGAAUGGAUUACAGGCUCGUCGAUUCUGUUCUCGUUCGCGUCGAUUCUCGACGAUAUUGCCAACGAGAAACCCACGGCCGCCGACGCGUACGACUUGUACUUUGUGCCAAUCGUCAACAUUGACGGUUUUGAAAGCACAUGGAACGGGAACCGCACCCGGUUCCAGCGCAAGAAUGCCAACCAAGUCGAUUUGAAUCGCAACUGGCCGACUCCCUUCGAGAACCCCGAACACCCUCCGCAAAGCGACGAAACGUACCCCGGGCAGAAGCCCUUCAGUGAGCUGGAAACCGCAGGCAUCAAUUCAUGGCUGGAAACCAAACGCGACGAAAUCCAGGGGUACUUGGACAUUCACGCGUAUGGGGGGCUCCUCUUGUACCCGUGCGGGGACACCAAGCAGCCGAUCGGCGACGGGUUUGACGAAAAGUUCCAAGUGCUUGGCCGUGGUAUGCAAAACGUUAUGGGGUCAUACAAGCAGGCUUACAAGCUUCAACCGGCGUCUGCAUUGUACUUGGCGUAUGGAACGUUCGUAGAUUACGCGUUCCGCGAGUUCAAGAAACCCGCCCUGACGAUUGAAUUGGAGGGCUAUAAUUUUAUCACGGAUGCGUCGACCAUCAAGAGACGCGGUACCGAAGUGUACAAAGGCAUCAACGCAUUCGCUGAGGAAGCAACCGUGUUCAAUAGUGGGGGGGCUGCCAAGCCCCCGUCGCCCCCAGGAACAAAACCUGUGACACCGUCUCCGUCCGUAACGAAACCUGUGACACCGUCCCCGUCCGUAACGAAACCUGUGGAACCGUCCCCGUCCGUAACGGAACCUGUAACACCAUCUCCGGCCGUAACGGAACCUGUGACACCGUCCCCGUCCGUAACGGAACCUGUAACACCGACCCCCUCCGGAUCGAAACCUGUGACCUCGACCCCGUCCGUGUCGUGCAAUGGUUGCUCGGGAUGCUACUCUGCGUUGCUCUCGCACUGCUUUCCAAGAGGCUAUUCCCGUGCUCAAUGCGAUUCGUUCAACGGCGCUGGCUACCAAACCACGUGGUGUGGCAAUUUCUAG